CUCAUCGUCCCGGCGGGAAGACACAUCGACGGCGUGGUGGCACGGACGCAGCGGCGAGACUCUCGCGCUGUAAUUAACGAGGAGCGGGGUCGAGCCUGCAGCAGUAAGAGCAAGGGGGGGGGGGGGGGGGGGGGGUCGCAGUCACGUGACGGCGGGGCCUCCACGUGCGGCACUUGUUUCGCGUCCAUCUUGAAUGGGCGGCCCAUUGGCUGCCGGGGAAAAGUGGGACCUGGCGGGUCCGCCAUUGGCGUGGCUUGUUUACCCUCGCACAGCUGAUGCCAUUACUCCGAGAGGAGGCGAGCGAGGGCAACCCGCAAGGGGGCUCUGCCGCCCUGCCCGGCACACCGCACAAACUGCUCUUUUUUUCCGGCCGGCGUGCGACGAACCCGACGACCAUCUCGGCCGCGACGACGACGACGACGCUUCCCCCCAGUGCCAGCGCCGACAUAAUGAGCCAUGAGCGUCAGUUUUAUGGACGGCCUGCUGGGGAGUAAACCGGACGCCGCCACGGCCGUCGUACCUGCUCUGCCGCCGACGACGGCGCAGCCGGCCCCGGCGCAGCCGCCGCCGUUCAGACCAUUCCAGGCAACGGGACGCACGGCGGCGGCGGCGAUGUACCCGUUCGUGUCGCCGCAGCCGGCCACGUCAACCGCGUCGCCGCUGGGCUACUACUCGUCGGCCGACCUGGCCGCCAAGUCGGACGCGAUGGCAGCGGCGGCGGCUGGACUCUACGCGGCGGCCACCUUCGGAUUCGGGGCGCACCACCCGGGUGCCACGGCGGCCACCACGCCCGCUGCCGCGUCGCUGAUGGCUUCGUCGCAGUUCCUGGCGGCUGCGGAGCUCGCCUACCCACUGGCGUCCUGUCCCAGGCUGGGAGUCGUGCGACCCGAGGACGCCUUCGCCGAUGUACCCCGGUACCCGUGGAUGGCACUGGACGGGUCGGCGUUCAGGACAGCGAUUCACAAGCGCCAUCACCGAGUCGAGGACUACCCUCCAUCCUUCCAUCUAUUUUCAGGACCCAACGGCUGUCCCCGACGCCGUGGUCGACAGACCUACACACGUUACCAGACCCUCGAGCUGGAAAAAGAGUUUCAUUUUAACCAUUACCUGACGAGGCGGCGGCGCAUCGAGAUUGCUCACGCGCUGUGUCUGACGGAACGCCAGAUCAAGAUCUGGUUCCAGAACCGCCGCAUGAAGCUCAAGAAGGAGCUCCGCGCCGUCAAAGAGAUCAACGAGCAAGCUCGACUCGACGCUAAGGGAGGCAAAUCCCCCGACAGAGACGCCGGCCUGCAGUCUUCGUCGAUGGCCUCUAGCGACGCUAGCACAAAGAGGGCGGACAUUGCGGACAGCUCGGACAGCGACGUGGAGGACGACGCUAACAUCGAUCCCGACGACUCCUACGAGGCUCCGAACGAUCCUUCGCUUACGCAAGGGGUACAAAUGAAGCCAUGUGGGACAGCUUCCCAUUCGUGAUGUGGUGAGGAAUCACCUAUGUUUUCAAAGACAACAGGCUGACCACAACGAACAGUUCGAACUGCUUCUCGCGAAUGCUCCGCGAGGUGUGGAAACCUGGUCAUCUCGUGUACCUAAAAGUUCGUCUCAACGACAACGCAUCCUUGUGGACAAGGAGUCAAUCGAUCGACCGUCCGUUAAGUGAUCGUCUCAUUCGUAUCAUUGAUUGAAGAUCUCCCUCAUCAUUUUAAGAUAGUUGUCAUUGUUCGGGGAGCGGCUGAAUCUCGUAUGCAAGAUGUCAAAUCUUCAUUAUAAUAUGUUGGAACGCUCGUGUGCCUUGGGAUGUGUUUCAGAUGCGUCAAAGAGUUGACCUGAUCGUUUUUCUGAGCGUGCGUGAGGUGUUCUUGUCAAGCAAUGAGCUUUGACCUCGAUGCUGAGCUGCUGAAAACCGGAAACAUCCUUUCUCCGGUGCUGUUCCAAAUUGCGAGUCUCCAGUUUUUAUGCAUCUAGUGCGGUGUGUUCCUUUGGUACUUCGGAAUGUCUUGCUUACAUACUAGCACAGAGUUUUAAAUCGAGGUUUUUGGAUUCGCCGCUUCAAUGAGGGGGUCACUACAACAAAAGGGUGAGUAGCUGCACUCAUAAUUAAUUAGUCCCCCUUGUGAGGUAAAUCAUGUCGUAAUGAGCGUUUCAAUCUUCGUAAAUUUGGCUUAGGAACAGUGGGCGCAUACUUUUGCCGCCGAAUGAGCUUACGCCCGGCUAUACGUACAAACUUCGUGAUUAGUUUCAUCUUUAUCGCUUUUAAGCAUGUAUACGUAUGACUUUUCAGAACCUAUUUUCUUCUUCACUCUUUUUUGUUGUGCUGCUUUUGUGCUAGUUAUGUUGCCAAUGCCACUAACAGCGUAGCGAAAUGGUUAAUUCUAAUGGAUAGACGAAGCUGCUCUGAAGACAGACAUUAUUAACUUGUUGCGAACGAGACAAUUUUGUACACUAUACACCCAUAUGAAACCUUACUACAAGCUCGUAUGUUGUUCAAAGAGUGAGAAAGGUUUACAGCCUUAUUUUAAGCUGUAAUGAAAGUAUAUCUUUCUUCAGUAUUGCACCUUGCCGUAGAAGACUAAUGAAUUGCAGUAAGUGAUGCUAGUUAUGUAUCAAGUUUCUUCAGUAGUCCGUCCUCGAAACUUUAGGUAUUUUGAGGGUUAUUUUCAUUAAAUGUUUCCGACCAACAAACCGAUAUACGUAUGGACUUUUUAAAUAACUAGAAGGUGACACUUUAUCAAAAACAUUAACCAAUAUAACGUUCCAUUUGUUCAUCCCUGGGAGUUAACCUCAUCAGGAGCGAUCAAGCGUACCUAUGUCCAGUCGACAUGUUUUCGGCAAAGCCUUCAAUACAUUUCUAAAUUAUUUUUCAUCUCCAUUAGUUGAGGUGUCCAAAGAGAAAACUCGUUAGAGUAUUCAAAUAAGCUAAGGUACCACGGCUCAGUCAAAUACGCUCUUUUGACGACUCACAAAGCAACAUUUAGCUUUUGUUUUACAUUUGAGAAUGCGUCGGCCGCCGAUAAGCAGCCCAAGAGUCCGCACACAUUGCCUCAUUAGCAUAACUGCGCCUUUCGCCGUUCUCAAUUACCCUUAUCACGCGACACAGACAGCGAGCGCUUCGGAACGAGAGAGGUGACCGUCUGGGCCCAACUCGCGAGACAACACCGCUUCGACAUGGAAACGAGGCGCCCAGGCAGUCGGCGACUUCGGAAGGCUCGUGACUCAGACGAGAGAACCGCGGGGACGAAAGCCGAGAAGGCAUUAAGAUUCCGGGUCGUCCUUACGCAUCGCCUUUGCGGGGGCCUCGCUGUGCUGGUAGCGCGCACAAAGACACGAUAUCCGUUGGCAUGCGUGGUGCAGCGAGCCGUUCAUCAUAACAAACGCGGGUUCCUCCGAGAGCUGGCUUCCCCUUUGUAAGCGCGACGUGCUGCGGAUGUUCCGUUGGCCCGUGGCGUGUGUAUGUGUGCCCUGAAUAACGGCCCCGCCGGCGCCACCACGUCUGAGCCCCGCUGCUUUCGAAGCAGGCGAGCGAGAAGCCGCGACGCCGCUGCCGCCGCCGCGCCGCCGCCAGUUCACAGACGCACGCGCUCGGCAGGGUUUCUUGUGCAUAGUCGAAACAAGGCGAACGCCUCGGUUCCGUCUCGUAAACAAUCGCAUUGGAACGACGACAGUGGGAGUCUGAUGGGAUAUCUUAUUGCAGAAGGUGCCAAAAGUGGGCGCUGUCGGGGGCUCCCGCCGACGGGCUUUCCGCUCGGCGUUCUUCUGGUGCGGGCACAAAGGGGUCGCCCUGUGAGAGGGCCUCUCGUGAACCGGUUGAGUGACUGGGGCGCGGGCUAGGGGUCCGCUAGGUCGCUCGUCUCUGACCUGCUCCUAGGGAGGGGUAUGGUCGGUGUUAGCAAUGGCGCAUUCGGUCAAUGUUUGUUGCCGCGUGUUCUUCAAAUUCCCUAGAAAAGCAAAACAAACAUGACUCUUUUCGUGUUUAUUUGCUUCCAUUUUUGAAGCGUUAUUGGUGUUUUUUUUUUUUUUUUUUUUACAAAUCCGUUAUUAGCCAGCCAAUGAAAAAAAAAAAAAACUCAGCUUAUUUGUAUACUUCUAUAUUGCAAGUCGAAAUAUCUCAAUGGAAGCUUUCCUAUGCUCAUACAAUCGACGUAUGUCGUGUCCGAUUAUGUUUGCCUUGUUUCAUAAGGAGGCUAGGAUGGUAGUUGCAUGCAAUGUAGCUUUUGGAAAAAUCGAUGCACUAUGUCCCAAUGCGUUGUAAGUAUUUAUGUCCUGGGAGGACAAUGAACCAUUUAUUUGCGUCACUGUUGUGAGUCGCCAAACCAGCCCACAGUGCGAACCAACAUGUAAUCAAAAUACAACCUCCUCUGUAUGAGAUGAGAUAGAUACGCGGUGAAGUUGACAAAUAUGUACUAGUGACAUUCGAAGUGAUUUUCUGGCACGAUGCUUCACGACGCGUUGUGUGUACAUAUAUCUGGAUUUUAAGGAUUUGAAAAAAAGAGCGAUAUUUUUUAUACUAAUAUUUAACGCAUCUUUAAGGGCAGUAAUGCCUGUCUUCAGAGAAGUUUAUCUGUCAGGGGGUGGGGGGGGGGGGGGGGGGGGAGGGAAUUAGAAUACCCCUUGUUUCUCUGGGGUUAUUGCGGGAUUAAGUAGAAACAAAAAUACAAAUUUUCAUUUCGCUGCGCUUCGUUUCAGUGUGUUACUCGUCAGUUUCCCACUAUACGUGCUUUUGCCUUCUUUUGUACGUACUGUAAUGACUGUGUUAUUUUAGGUGUGUUAGAUAUUUAUAAGAGUAUAAUCAUGGAUUUCAAAGUGCUUAGACUGUAGGUUGCCUUUAUGUUUGCGGAGCGCAGCCUUCCAUGUGACUACUCAGGAAGACAUCCCGUGCAAUACAAAUCCUGAAGUGCCUUUCUAUUUUUACUGCCCGAACACUCUUGCGACUACUGUUUAGAAAACAAGUUAUCGGUAUCAUCAUUGGCCGGUAAUUAUUGUCUUUAAUUGCCUAAAAAGCGAUAACUUUCAUCUUCGGAUUAAUCAUUUGUUUAUUUCUUGUUUUCUUGCCGAUAUAAAGCUCUAGGUGCUAUGCUGUGUUCUCAUUAUUUCCUACGACGGAAAGCAGCGUUCUAAUAUGAUAUUUUGUUGAAACCUAUGAAAGUUACAAAUGUAAUUAAAAUCUUGAAAUGUGUUCUAAACUGCGAUAUAUAAUUGGCUGACACUACAGUUUCAAUGAAGCCGUCCUCCGUAGCAAGGUUGAGCAUGUUAUAUUUCAACAUUAAAAAACUGUCACACUUA